AAACUCGCUUCCAUGUCACUUCCGGAACUACCUGAGCAGGUAAACAGCCGCUCCGGAAAAACCUGCGAAGGAUUCGCUCAUUGACUUGUGAGAUGAGCAGCAGUCAAACGUCGAGAUGGCUGAUGGAAUGAAGACUGAGCUGGUGAGCGCCAUCCACCUUCAGGAAGUGGAAUUGAACUGGUCGCCUCUUGAGUCUGGACAAAAAAGAAAGCAUGAAAAAGAACAGACGUUCACAGUGGAGGAGGCGGUGGAGACCAUCGGCUUUGGCCGCUUUCACAUCAUUUUAUUUCUCAUAAUGGGGAGCACGAACAUUGUGGAGGCGAUGGAGAUCAUGCUGCUGGCGGUGGUGUCUCCUGAGAUCAGGUGUGAGUGGCAGCUGAAGGACUGGGAGGUGGCGCUGGUGUCCACGAUGGUGUUCAUGGGCUUCAUGGCGUGUGGGGCUCUGAGCGGAUACAUCGCCGACAGAUACGGACGCUGGAAGGUGGUGUUUGUGGGGUUUGUGUGGAGCUCCUACUUCUCUCUGCUCACAUCGUUCGCGCCGUCAUACGGCUGGUUCAUCUUCCUGCGCACUAUGGUGGGCUGUGGUGUCGCUGGAGUGUCUCAGGGGUUUGUGUUGAAGACAGAGUUCAUUCCUGCGAAGCACCGUGCAACCCUGCUCCCCCUGGCCACGGUCUUCUGGAUGAUCGGCUCCAUGCUGAUCAUCAUCUUGGGCAUGUUGGUGGUUCCAACUCUGGGCUGGAGGUGGAUGAUCCGGUUCUCCGUCACACCCAGCAUCAUCCUCAUCUUCCUCUUUAAGUUCAUUCCUGAGUCGGCGCGCUACAACGUGUCUGCAGGAAAUCACCAGGCUGCUCUCAACACCUUGAGCAAGAUUGCCAAGAUGAACCGGGCGCACCUACCUCCUGGGCAUCUGGUGGAGCCCACUGUGAAAGAGCGAGGCAACUGGAGGAUUUUGCUGACACCAUCACUCAGGAGAACCACGCUGCUGCUGUGGUAUUCCUGGUUUGUAGCCUCCUUCAUCUACUACGGCUCUGUGCUGAGCAGCUCAGAACUGCUGGAGAAGAACCUGCUGUGCGUCACUGACCCCGACACCGAGCAUGCAGUCAAGCACAAACACGAGGAUGGAAUUUGUUACUGCAUCCCCUUCGGAAUGAGCGACUACCAGACGCUGCUCAUCAGCUGUUUGGGGGAAUCUGCAUUGAUCCCGGUCAACAUCCUGCUGCUCAACGUGUUCGGACGCAGGAUCAGUCUGUCGGUUCUGCAGCUGCUGGCUGCGUUUUUCUUCAUGAUGCUCAACAUCUGCUCCACCAUGUUUGGUUUCACGGUGCUGCUCUUUCUGCUGCGGUCUGUGGUCUCCAUGAACUUCAACGUCGUAUACAUUUACACAGCAGAGGUGUACCCCACCGUGGCCCGGUCUCUGGGAAUGGGCUUCUGCACAUCUUUCAGCAGAAUCGGAGGAAUGAUCGCACCCUUCAUCGCUCAGGUGCUGAUGUCACAGUCGGUGGUCAAAGCCCUCAGUCCCUUCGCUGUGGCAUGUGUCCUGUGUGCACUGGGGAACUGCCUGCUGCCCAUAGAAACUAAAGGACGAGCGCUGCUGCAAACCUCCUGACCACUCCAGCAGAAAACUUGGAUACUGUUACAUUUAUUGAAUUUCUGUAGAUAUUAAGUAUAACUGUGCCCCUCUGUAAGAAACCUGCCUAUGAAAGGGGGAACCUCAAGUUGGCCCAAAACAAAAUAAAGUCAUUUGA